AUGACUUCUGACAGAAGGCUGCUGAGGAGCUUCAGGCUCAAGUGGCUGCAGAUGAAGAGGGCUCCUGUUAUUUGUUGCCAAGGAGGAGUAAAACCAUUCCCGAGCCAGGGCAGCCGGGAGGCCGAGCUGCACCUCUCCGUCUCGCAGGUGACACAGGUCAGCGGGCUGCUGCGGAGCGUCUGGAAGGCCGAGCCCGACAUGCUGCUGCCCUCCCUGCAGGAACUCUUCGCUGUCAUCUCCACCGCCGAUCCUUCAUUCGAACCUUCUGUUGCACUGGCAAGUCUUGUGCAGCACAGACCAUUACAGAUGAUUACAGUUCUCAUCAGGAGCCUUACUACAGAUCCAAAUGUGAAAGAUGCAAGUAUGACUCAAGCUCUGUGCAGAAUGAUUGCCUGGUUGUCUUGGCCUCUGGCUCAGCAUGUGGAAACACGGGUGAUUGCACUGCUGAAAGGCCUGGCUGCAGUCCAGACGUUUACCAUCCUCAUUGAUGUUACUCUGCUUACGAUUGAAUUGGUCUUUAAUCGACUUUGGUUUCCUCUAGCGAGGCCUGGUGCCCUUGCUGUCCUUUCCCACAUGUUGCUUAGUUUUCAGCAUUCUGCAGAAGCUUUUCAUUUGAUUGUCCCACAUGUGGUCCGUUUGGUUCACUCAUUCAAGAGAGAUGGCUCACCUUCCAGUACAGCCUUUUUGAUACAAUUGACUGAGUUGAUCCAUUGUAUGAUUUAUCAUUAUUCAGGAUUUCCAGAGCUCUGUGAAUCCAUUUUGGAAGCUGUUAAGGACAUGCCCAGGCCCACUGAAGAACAGAUUAAGGUGGCUCUCAAUCAGAGCGCAUGGACGUCACAGUCCAGCUCUUCGCCAUCUUGUUCAUCUAGACCUUCUGGGAAAUCGGAAACUGGGAAGACAGGUCUAAUUGACCUAGGAAAUACUUGCUACAUGAACAGUGUUCUUCAGGCACUCUUUAUGGCUACAGAUUUCAGAAGACAUGUUUGAUCUCUGCAACUACAUGGAUGUAACUUGCUAGUGGCAAAACUACAGCAUCUUUUUGCAUUUUUGGCCCAUACCCAGAGAGAGGCGGCAUAUGCUCCUAGAAUUUUCUUUGAGGCUUCCCGACCACCAUGGUUCAGCCCUCGAUCCCAGCAGGAUUGCUCAGAAUAUCUCAAAUUCCUGCUAGACAGGCUGCGUGAAGAAGAGAAAACCUUGAAAACUUUGUCUUCAGCAAAGACUUCUGAAAGUAAACCCAAUGCAAAGUCCCAGAAACAAGAAGCUGUCAAUAAGGCAAAAGUAUUUGCUGCAGCAUCUGGUAAGGGAAGUGAAGAAAGAGCUCUGGUCGAGAAGAUGUUUGGAGGAAAAGUGAAGACUACUGUACGCUGUCUGAAGUGCAAAAGCGUGUCUCAAAAGGAAGAAGCUUUCACAGAUCUCUCUCUGGCUUUCUGUCCUGGAUGUACUGAAGGGAAAGGCGACAACGUGGUGCAAACUCAGACCUCACCGAUGAGUCCUGCUGGGAAAAAACCUCUCAAGUUGGAAGCAAAUGGUGGAUGUGACCCAAGAACAAAGAAAGGAACCACAAAGGAUUUUUCUGCUGAGCCAAAGUCUGAGAAGACUACAAAUUCUGAACGCAACAAAGGUCAAGCUAAGAAGAAAAUGCCUCAGAGGGUAGUAGGUGAAAACCCUCUGUCAGUUACAGAUUUACUGCAUUAUUUUCUGGCGCCUGAGAUCCUCAGUGGUGACAACAAGUAUUACUGUGAAAAGUGUGCCUCUCUACAGAAUGCUGAGAAAACUAUGCAAAUCAUUGAGGAACCUGAAUACCUCAUUCUCACUCUUUUGAGAUUUUCCUAUGAUCCAAAGUGUCACGUAAGGCGCAAAGUCUUAGCUAAUGUGUCUCUGCCACUUGGUUUGAAACUACCAGUCCAAAGAGUAGCAUCCUCUCCAGGUGUAGUUUCAAGAGGUUGGUCUGUUGGUGUCGAGGUGUCUGAUAUUGGAGAAAAUAUUGCUAAAAAACUAAAGCCCUCAGGUGCUGAUGAAGUGACUCGCCCACGAUUGGAGCCCUGUUUGUUAAGCUCCGUGGUGAUGCAUUCUGGUGUAUCCUCUGGAAGUGGACAUUACUCUUCAUAUGCUAGAAAUGUUCCUGGGUCAGGGCCUUCAGGACCCUGCCAGCAGUCUACAGGUGAUUCUUUAGUUUCUCCUCGGGCUAAGUUGUUGACAGGGGAGAGUCCUUCUACUGUUGUAGAAAGUGACACUGGUAAGUCAAGAGAAUGGUUUCUGUUCAAUGACAGCAGAGUGACAUUUCCCUCAUUUCAGUCAGUCCAGAAAAUGACCAGUAGAUUUCCAAAGGACACUGCUUAUGUUCUGUUCUACAAAAAACGAAAUAGCACCCGUGGCUUCAGUUCGGCAAACGGAGACCCUCCCCUCCAGAAAGACCUCGUGGAUGCAAUUAUGAAAGAUAACAAACGAUACUUGCGGGGUGACCUAGCAGAGAUGUACCCUGCGCUGAAGAGUGUCCUGCAGGAAGGUGACAGACGAUUACAGGGCAACGCUGUGACCUGCCUGACAGCAAAGGUGCCCAGUGGCCACAGAGCAGCCCAGGGUGUGAAGGUGGGUGCCGGUCUUGUCCUGUUGGCUCUGUCCCACUCCCACUUCAAAGUUGUGAUGUCUGAGAUCCGGGGCCACCUGAAGGCUCUGGCAGAGAUCUCCGGGGAGUUUGUGUUCCAUGUUUUGAUAUCUUGGGGCUACAAAGUGCUGGGGUUCUGGGAUGCUAAGGCUACAGUUGGCUAG